AAUGUCAAACAAGAAGUAGUGACAGAAGAACAUUGGUUAUCUAAUUUUUAGUUUGCUUAAAAAUAGUUUUAAUAUGUAUUAAAAAAUAUUACAAUAAUUAGCAAAUAUAUUCCCAUGGAGCAUUUAUUAAGAGGUCAAUUUGGUCGAGUCAUAAUUAGUACAUAUUCCCAUACACCUUUAAAGUAUGGUCCUCAAAGAUCUUGUCAAAGAGGAAUGUGUGUAUUGUGGACUGGAAGAACUCUUGAUAGAUCUAGACCUUUCCUAAAACAACAAUAUAUUUAUCAAAGAAGAGAAUAUGGUAUGCUUAUCGCAAGAGCCCUUAGAGGAGUAUUAAAAAUAAGAUAUUUAUUACUUGGUGGAGCUGUAGCAGGUGGAGGAGCAUUGCAAAAGAAAUAUAAUGACUGGAAAGAUGGUUUGCCUGAUAUGAAAUGGCUAGACGAUGUUUUGCCCGACAAUGAAAAAUUUCAACAAUGGAGAGCCAAUUUAGUUAGUUUUAAAGAUAAUAUUAAGAAUAAUAUUGAACUUGAUCCUAGAAUAAAAGCACUUACUGAAAAUAAAUAUAGUGAGUUUAAAUCAUGGUUUGAUCAACGACUGGAUGAUGCCAUUGCUGCAGCGGAAGCCCAAGAAUCUGCACAACCUAAUAAAGAAGGUGCUGUUGCCAAGCUUUUAUACAGACUGUACUCAGAAGGCAAAAAGGAAAUCGUACAAAAAACUAUGGUUUACGCAGCUAAUCCAUUUUCUGCUGAUGAGAAAGCUAGAAAAGAGACUCAAGAGAGGUUAAAUAAUAUACAAGACGAAAUGAUGCAAACUCAAAUUAAGUACCAAAGAGAAUUAGAAAGGUUAGAAAAAGAAAAUAAAGAAUUGAGAAAACAGAACUUAUUAUUGAAACAAGGAAAGAAGCCACUUACUAGAAAAAUUAAACGUAGCCUUAUUGAUAUGUACAGUGAAGUACUAGACGAACUUGCAGAUUUUGACAGUGGAUAUAAUACUCAAGAUCAAUUACCCCGUGUUGUUGUUGUUGGAGAUCAAAGCAGCGGAAAGACUUCAGUUUUAGAAAUGAUUGCGCAAGCUAGAAUCUUCCCUAGGGGAGCAGGUGAAAUGAUGACCAGAGCUCCAGUAAAGGUUACAUUGUCAGAAGGACCAUACCACAUAGCACAAUUCAGGGAUUCUACCAGAGAAUUUGAUCUCACAAAGGAGUCUGACUUAUCGGAUUUGCGUCGGGAAGUAGAACUAAGAAUGAGAAAUAGUGUUAAAGGUGGAAAGACUGUUUCGUCCGAAGUUAUCUCCAUGACAGUUAAAGGUCCAGGGUUACAAAGGAUGGUACUUGUAGAUUUACCAGGAAUAAUUUCAACACAAACGACAGACAUGGCUGCUGAUACUAGAGAAAGUAUUAAACAAAUGACUCAAGCUUAUAUGAAUAAUCCUAAUGCUAUUAUUUUAUGUAUACAAGAUGGUGCUGUAGAUGCAGAACGAAGUAACGUCACAGAUCUUGUAGCAUCGUGCGAUCCCAGCGGCAAAAGAACAAUAUUCGUUUUAACUAAAGUUGACAUGGCCGAAGAAAAUUUAGCUGAUCCUAACAGGAUAAGAAAAAUAUUAUCGGGUAAAUUAUUUCCUAUGAAAGCUCUCGGAUAUUUUGCUGUUGUUACAGGAAGAGGGCGAAAAGAUGAUUCUAUACAGACAAUUAAAAAUUAUGAGGAAGAUUUUUUCAGGGGUUCAAAAUUAUUUAAAGAUGGAGUGGUAAAGUCAACACAAGUUACUACGAGAAAUUUAAGUCUUGCAGUUGCUGAUUGUUUCUGGAAGAUGGUGAAGGAGACGGUUGAACAACAAGCAGACUCAUUUAAGGCAAGGCGAUUUAAUUUAGAGACAGAAUGGAAAAAUAAUUUCCCAAGACUUCGUGAGCAAGACAGGGACGAACUUUUUGAAAGAGCUAGAACCGAAAUUCUGGAUGAAAUUGUUAAUUUAUCUCAAGUUAGUCCGAAACACUGGGAAGAGACUUUGUUACAAAAUAUUUGGGAAAAGGUGUCACCUCAUGUUUUUGAAAAUAUUUAUAUUCCAGCUGCCCAAACAGGAUCAGCAGAGACUUUUAAUACUGCUGUCGAUAUCAAACUCAGACAAUGGGCGGAUACGGCAUUGCCGGCACAGUCGGUACAGUCUGGUUGGAAGACUCUCCGAAAUGAAUUUGAAAGGUUUUUGCAAAAAGCAGCUGAAGCACCUGAUCAUGAUGAUAUAUUUGAUCUACUGAAACAAGCAGUAGUUAAUGAGGCAAUGGUUAGACAUGUGUGGGAAAGUAAAGCUUCCGAAAUGCUUAGAGUAAUUCAACUUAAUACAUUAGAGGAUAGGACGAUAGGUGAUAAAAGGGAUUGGGAUCAAGCAGUUAAGUUCCUUGAAUCAAGUGUUAAAGAAAAGCUUCGGGAAAGUGAAAUAAAUCUAAAACAAUUAUUAGGGCCAUCAGCCAAAGAAAGAUGGCUUUAUUGGAAAUAUCAAUCGGAGGUAGAAAGCAGAAGAAGAAAUGUUAAGAAUGAACUCGAUAAAAUUUUAUACGCAAAUGAAAAACAUCCUCCAGGAUUAAGUUACGAUGAAUUAACUACAAUAAGAAACAAUCUUCAACGUUCUAGUAUUGAAGUCGAUAAUGAAUUUAUAAGGGAAGUUUGGAAUGCUGUAUAUCGACGUCAUUUCCUAAAUGCAUCUUUAACAAAAGCUUAUGACUGUAGAAAAGCUUUCUAUCUCUACCAUCAACAAGCGAAUGAUGUGGAUUGUUCAGAUGUUGUAUUAUUUCAUAGGAUACAACAGAUGAUGAAAGUGACAUCAAAUGCCUUAAGACAACAAAUUACUAAUAGAGAAGCUAGAAGAUUAGACAAGGAGAUUAAAGAAGUGUUAGAAGACUAUAGCCAAGAUAAUGAUAAGAAAGUUCAGUUACUUACAGGUAGAAGAGUUACACUAGCAGAAGAAUUAAGAAUCAUCAGAGCGACUGGUACAGAAGUUUUAAACGUGAAAUCAGAUCUUUUCCGUCAAAAGAAGCAACAAUAAAAUGGCUUCAAUAUGGACGCUAUAGCGACAUCUGAAAAUAAAUCAUCAAAGUAGAAAUGCGAAGAUUUCUAUUGACCAAACCAAAAUUCAGAUUUUUGCUUUAACCUGUGCCCUCUGUAAAUUGCAAGACAAAACAGACCAUGCUAAAAGAUGCAAGAGAGAUAUGAAUAUUCUAAAAGUUGCAUUUAACAACAUAUCUCCUGAUUCAAGCAAAUAUCCUUGGCGAAUUGGUUUCUAAUACUCAUAAAGAGUAAAACCGAAAUAAAAGAAAAAAACAGUUAGAUUUGAUUUCACGUAUAGUGCCUCUGUAUAUUCGCUUAUAUUAUAGCCUAAAAAAUGCGAAGAUUACCCUACUAUAAGCCUCAUGAGUUAUCUUCUAAAAUUGUCCCUAAAUAUAAUUCAUAAGAGAAUCUGUGUGAAAGUCAAAUUUCCCUAAACCAGUUCGGGUUCACAAAUGCUGUUCGUACUAGAGAGGUUUUGUUCUCAGUAUAAUUCUUAUUCCAGAGAUGCAGAGAUGUCAACUGCGACGUAUACGCAUGUCUGGUUGAUUACGAGAAAGCGUUUCAUUGACUACAGCAAAUACUAAAAGAAAAACAGGAAUUUACAAUCAAGAUCUGAAAAUAAUUAGAAAUUUUUAUUGGAAUCAGAUAGCAGAUCUCAGAGUUAAAGGUGAACUCACUGACUAUGUGAAAAUCAUGCGUGGAGUGAGGCAAGGCUGUAUUUUGUCUCCUCUAAACUUCAAUCUGUAAUCUGAAAGAAUAUUUAUCGAAGCUUUUCACGAAACUGAAAAAGGUAUUUUACUAAAUGGUUACCGGCUAACUAACAUCAGAUAUGCAGAUGACACCAUAGUAUUUGCAGACAACUUAGCAGACCUACAAGUUCUUAUGAACAAAAUCACGUAUUACAGACAACAAUACGGACUCAAUAUAAACGUUAAGAACACAAAGCUUAUGAUAAUUAGCAAGAAAAGGAUAACAGAAGGAUAACAGAAGGUCAGAAGGUCAACUCUACGUCAACUAAUCCACUGUAGAAAGACUGACGCAUUACAACUAUCUCAGCACCAUAAUAAAUGAAGUAUGAACCAACAACCAGGAGGUUAGAGCACGCAUCGGAAAAGCUAGUUCCACCUUCAAUCGGAUGGUUUCCUUCUUCAAGAGUCACAACCUCUGUCUUGAUACAAAAGUAAGAAUGCUGCGAUGCUACGUCUUCUUUGCCCUUUUUUAUGGCGUUGAAUCGUGGACCUUGAACGAAGAUAUAUGUACAGAAAACUGGAAGCAUUUGAUAUGUGGCUGUAUCGGAGAAUGAAAGAUCCCGUGGACUGACCGAGUCACAAAUGAGGAGGUCCUCAGAAGAAUGACUAAGAACCAAGAGGUACUGACCACCAUCAAAUCUCGAAAAUUACAGUUCUUCGGACAUAUACGAAAUGAAUCCAGAUAUGCUCUCCUUCAAGGCAUCCUGCAAGGAAAAAUAUUUGGAAAACGAGGUCCAGGAAGAAGAAGAACAUCUUGGUUAAAGAAUCUGGUUCAAUACAAUAUCUGUGCUGCUUGUCCGCACUGCUGCAGAUAAGAUAAAGAUUGUCAUGAUGAUUGCCAACAUUCGUAACGGAUAGGCAAAACAAGAAGAAGAUAUUCGCGUAUACGUAUUUCAUCCUACCAGGAAUCAUUAGAGCGGCUGAUGCUAUGCUGAAAUCGCCAAGGAUUUUUGCCUAGAUGAGGAAAUAUGUUGUGGAAUGCAACGUUUAGAUUCUCCAUAUCUAUCUUACAUCCUUUAGCAUCGUCUUUUUUGCCUUGCAAUUUAUUAAAGGCACAUUUUAACGCAAAAAUCUGAAUUUUGGUUCCUUCAAUAGAAAUCUUCGCAUUUCUACUUUGAUGAAUAAUUUCAAUUUGAUGUAUCUAUAAUGUUUAUUUGAUAUUGUAUGAAAAUUAUGUAUGAGAUUC